ACUUCCGCCCCGCGGGGAAGCUGGGAGGUCUGAGUCCUGGAGAGGUGGGGACCCGGGGGAGGUGGCGGUCCGGAGUCUAGGCGACGGGGCGAGACGGGGCCGGUAGGUGGCGGGAGGGGGCCGGGCCGGAGCCGGCGGGAGGGCCAGGCCCGGAGGCCCCCACCCUGGCGUGGUCGCCCCGGCCGCGGCUGAGGAGGAGGAGGAGGAGGAUGAUUUCCAGAUACACUCGGAAGGCCGUGCCACAGAGCUUGGAGCUGAAAAGAAUAACAAAACAUGCUCUUAAUCAUCCCCCUCCAGAGCAACUGGAUGAAAUUUCCUAUACCAGUGACAACCAUGAAAAAGACACAAGUUCUCAAAGUGAAUCUGACGUCACACGAGAAUCACCUUUUACAUCAUCUGACACUGGGAAUUCAAGGUCUGCUUUUCCAAGUUAUACAGGCACAGGGAUUUCUACCGAAGGCAGCUCCGACUUCUCGUGGGGAUAUGGUGAACUUGACCAAAGUGCCACUGAAAAAGUCCAGGCAAUGUUCACAGCCAUUGAUGAGCUCUUAUAUGAACAGAAAUUGAGUAUGCAUACAAAGAUUCUACAAGAAGAGUGCCAACAGUGGACAGCUAGCUUUCCCCACCUCAGGAUUCUAGGUAGGCAGAUAAUUGCGCCAAGUGAAGAUGAUGGAUUUUAUCCUAGAUCUCCUACUGUUUCAGCUUCAUAUGAAGCACCCUUGUCUCAAGAAAGAGAUUCUACUAUAUUUGGUAUAAGGGGAAAGAAGUUACAUUUUUCAUCUUCUUAUGCUCAUAAAGCAUUUCCCAUUGCCAAAUCCCCCAGCUUGUACUCUAUGGAAAGAGAAGAGGAAGACUGUAUAAUUUCAGAAGGAAUAAUUGAGGAAUACCUAGCAUUUGACCACACAGAUAUGGAAGAGGGAUUUCAUGGAAAGAAAUCAGAAGCAGCUACAGAGAAACAGAAAUUAGGGUAUCCUCCCAUUGUUCCAUUUUACUGCAUGAAAGAGGAUGUCCUUGCUUAUGUGUUUGACAUCGUGUGGAGCAAGGUUGUGGGCUGUAUGGAGCAGUUGACACGUAGUCACUGGGAGGGUUUUGCUUCUGAUGAUGAGAGUAAUGUUGCAAUAACCAGACCGGAUUCAGAGAGUCCCUGUGUGCUGAGUGAACCACACCCUUUGGUGUUGCCGAGAGUGCCACAAUCUAAGGUGCUGUCCAUCACCUCAAAUCCGAUGAAUCUCUGUCAAGCAAGUGGUCAUCAGCCAAAUGUGAAUGGUCUCUUGGUUCAUGGGAUGCCUCUACAGCCAAGAAAUCUCUCCCUAAUGGACAAGCUCCUAGAUCUUGAUGACAAGCUACUUAUGAGGCCUGGAUCCAGUACCAUCCUUUCAACCCGAAAUUGGCAAAAUCGAGCUAUGGAGUUUAGUACAUCAUGUAUGUCAUAUACAGUGCAGUCAGCCAGGAGACGCAAUCCCCCACCACGUACCCUUCACCCGAUCAGCACAAGCCAUUCACGUGCUGGAACGCCAAGACCUGUGGAAGAAAUCCUCAGAGGAUCCCGAAUGCCAGUGGCAGCCGACUCCCUCUCUUCUCCCUCACCAAUGCCCCUCAGUCGAAAUAACCUGCUGCCACCUAUUGGCACAGCUGAAGUUGAACAGCUGAGCACUGUGGGGCCACAAAAGCAAACGAAACCCCACAGUGAUUCCAGUCGAGCUCGAAGUGCAGUGGUGGAUGAGCCCAACCAUCAGCAGCCCCAAGAGAGGCACCUUUUACCUGACUUUUUCUCCAGGCCCAACACAACUCAGUCGUUUUUGCUGGAUACACAGCAUCAUCGUUCAUAUGCAGCUGAGUAUCCUCAUCAGGCCCGACCUGGUAGGGGAUCUGCAGGUACAGGUCCUCAGUUACAUGGGUCUACAAAAUCUCAAAGCAGAGGUGGACCAGUCUCUAGAACCAGACAGGGACCAUAGGGCAAUGAGAAGAACCUAUUUAGGCUGGAGGGAACAUGUGGGAAGAUCUCACAAAUCAGUGUUGUCAUGGAGUGAUGCAGAACUUGUACGUGAGAUCAACUUGAAACCAUCUUCACCAAGAGUUAUUUUGGUAAAAUGGACUGUGAAAAACACAACAGAGUAUCCGCCAAAGAUUACAUGGGUAUAUGUCUAGCUCUGAUUACUGUCUUCUUUCAUCACAAGUUAUCCCACUCUACUGGACAGUAAAGUUUGCACCCAAAGAUGUAACAAUGAAUAAUAAGCAAAUCACUGCUCAUGUUGUCUGUUAACAAUGAUCACUUCUCAAUUAUUGUAAGUUUCUAUGAGAUUAGACAUACAUGAAAAGCAGCAUACGAUUAUUUGAGAAUAUUAUUAGCUUUAGAAUACUUCAGCUUGUAUUAAUUUCUGGAGAGCUGUAUUCAAUUUUAAGUUAUUUUUAGAGAUGGUGUUGUCAGAAAUCUCACCUACUCAUCAAACAGAUUAUCAUUCCAUAGCUUUCUCUUUAGAUGUCCAACACUGUCAGCAGGUUAAAAUGUAAGGGGUGAGUAAAGACAUAAAUGUUAAGGACUAGUGUUACGUUAACUUCUGUAAUAAAUCAUAUUGUGUAUUUCUUUUUUUCCAGAUAGGACAGCUCAAACUUACAGUGCCUGCUUUAUAUCAGGUUAUUCUUAUUUUCUCUACAAAGUAACUUACUGGUCUUAUUUUUUCCAAAUAUUACACUCACCUUGCCAGAUUUUCUCCUGUAGCUCUAAGCCAAUUAAAAAAUAAUUUGUAGGGCCUAUUAGUGUGCCACCAAGGUACAAUUCCUUAAAAAUUUAUGAAACCAUCAGUUAGUCCAGCACAAAUACAUCCUAAGAGCAGCAGAAUUAGAGGUUCAGCAUUCAGAACUAAAAGGUUCACCACAGGCCUUCUCCGGAGGGCACUCAUGAAUGCAGCAAUGGUUUUAACUAUGGUUUAAUUUAUUUAAAUUUCACUGAAUACCAAUCUAAAUUAUCAUAACAGUUUUAGAUCUAAUUGUUAGUUUUCAGAGUGGAUAAAUUCAAAUGAUCAUAAAUUGGGGUAACUUUUUAUCAUACUAAGGUGUUCUAAUGCUAUAUGAAGACAGAUGCUUCAAACUCCAAUUAAAUCAUAUUUUUAAUACAAUUAAAGAGUAUUUUUUUAACCUGCUUGUAAUCACAAACUGAAAAUGUGUCAUGUGUUUACCUUAGAUAAAUUAUGAUACAUAAAGCUCAAUAGCAAGAGGUUUUAUACCUAUGGUAUAUUGAAUAUAUUAGCUUAUAAAUUAGAGAUUUUAAGUUGAAUAGUCCCUAAAAAAAUUUCACAUAUUCUAAUGAACAC